AGCAUUCAAAGUGAAACAAGAAUAUACUGAGGAACAAACAGAAAUGGCGUUUAUUAAAGAGGAGCGUGAAGAAAUGAAGAUUGAAGAGGCAUUCAGAGUCAAACAUGAAGAUACUGAGGAACAAACAGAUCUGAUGUCUUUGAAAGAGGAGAGUCAAGAACUGAAUGAAGUAGAACCGAAAGAUCAAUAUGAAAAACAUAAUUUCAUGACUGGAGAAAAAUUCAUACAGACUGGAACGUCUUCCUCCAGAAAAAAGGUGAAGUAUUUCACUUGCCAUCAAUGUGGACAGUGUUUCAAUCAUAAACGUAAACUUAAAGCCCACAUGAGAGUUCACCCUGGAGAGAAGACUUACACAUGCAAUCAGUGUGGAAAGAGCUUCACAUCAGAACUAAACCUUAGGAAUCACAUGAGGAUUCACACUGAAGAGAAGCCUUACACCUGCAAACAGUGUGGAAAGAGCUACAGUCAAAAAACAAUCCUUCAGUCUCACAUGAUGAUUCACACCAGAAAGAAGCCUUUCCCAUGUCUUAAGUGUGAUAGGAGAUUCAUAUAUAAAAAAGACUUGAAACUUCAUUUGCAAACACAUUCUGGAAAGAAAUAGC